ACAAACCCGGAGCUCAACCUGCGCGGUACACCGCCCCCAGCAUGUUAUACAGUACGAGCCGCAUGUUCAUCUCCAGUGCUCCCUGCGCUCCGACAAACAUCAUCUAACAUCCACUACAAGACUACUCCGUCACGCGCAGACACGCGGAUCUGCAAGCAAAACACACAUCAGGGUCGUUUUUCCUGCUGCACACAAGGAGAGUUGGAGAUCCGCAGGUAAUCGCAGUGCUGCUGCCUCGACGUUUGGUCGACAUGCUGGGGAUCUGCGUCUGUCUUUGUGCGGUUUUUACACAUGUCCUCUCCCAGGAGGCUGAAGAGCCAGUGUCCUACACGUGCACAGAAGGGUAUGAGUAUGACAGAGUCAGAGAGCAGUGCAGAGACAUCGAUGAAUGUGCCUUGUUAGACGAUGCCUGCAAAGGAGGCAUGAAGUGUAUCAACCACUUUGGUGGGUACCUCUGCCUGCCCAAGAGCGCCGUCAUCUACAUCAGCAAGGAUGAGCAGGUGCCUGCGCCAGAGGCUGUGCCUCCUGUCCCUCCAGUUCUUCCCUCCUCACCAAUCCAGCCUCAGCUGCCACGGGUGUAUUCAGGUGACCAGAGGGUCCCACAGUCCGGCCGGACCAUCCGCUGUGCGACUGGAUUCACUGCAGAUGAGCAGAAUAUGUGCAGAGACAUAGAUGAAUGUGCAACAGGUAGACACACAUGUGGCCCCGACCAGACGUGCUACAACACCAAAGGCGCCUACAUCUGCCAGUGUCAAGCAGGCUACCAGAGGAGUGGAGAUCACUGCAUAGACAGAGACGAGUGUGCUCUGACCCACUACUGCAUGCACAGAUGUGUGAACACACAGGGCUCUUACUACUGCGAGUGCAACAUAGGUCACAAGUUGGCCAGCAACAACCACAGCUGUGUGGAUGUGAACGAGUGUGAUGUGCAGAGUCCUUGUCAGCACCACUGCUACAACCUGAUUGGCUCCUUCCUCUGCCAGUGUGAUCAGGGCUAUGAGCUUGCGCCGGAUUCCGUCUCUUGCCAAGACAUUGAUGAGUGCAGCUUUUCCAGCUACAUGUGUCAGUAUCAGUGCAUUAACAGCCCUGGAAGUUACUCCUGUGAGUGUCCAGAUGGAUAUCAGCUCCAGGGAAACCGGUUGUGUCAAGACGUAAAUGAGUGUGAGACGGGGAUCCAUAACUGCCAAGAUGAUGAAAUGUGCUGGAACUAUUACGGAGGCUUCCGCUGUUAUCCAAGAAACCCCUGUGAGGCGCCUUACGUCAAAACCUCUGAAAAUCGCUGUAUCUGCCGCUCUCAGGCUGAAUGCACGGGUCUCCCUCCAUCGAUUGUCUACAAAUACAUGAGCAUCCAGGCAGAGCGGGCGGUGCCAGCAGACAUCUUCCAGAUUCAGGCUACCAACAUCUACUCCAACACACACAACACCUUCAGGAUCAAAGCUGGCAAUGAGGGAGGAGAGUUUUUCCUGCGUCGUUCCAGCAAUGUGAGCGCCAUGCUGGUGCUAACCAAGCCUCUGACAGGCCCCAGGGAGUAUGUGGUGGAUCUGGAGAUGAUCACUCAACAUCUGACCAUGAACUACCGUUCCAACUCGCUGCUGCGGCUCACCAUCAUAGUCGGGCCGUACGCCUUCUGAGCACCACAAUUACCAGCAAGCCAAAUAACUCUUGUUCAGCAAACACAGCAGUGUACCACAGCAGAUGCCAGCAAGACAUACUGUCCAUUUUCAUACAACAUAUAACAUAGGCUGACAAAGCCAGACUCAUACAGCAGCACAGCAGUUUAAAAAGGCUUCCUCAUAGCAGACAAGUAUGUGUCCACUGGGCGUCUUUUUCACUGAAGCAUUGAAAUAAAUGGUUUUGGGGGGUGUUUGCAGUAGUAGAGAGGAGCAAAUGACUCAGUUUAAAACUAAAGCCUCAAUUUGACCUAAAAAAAAGCAAACUAGAUCAUCAGCAAUUCGGAGACUUUUAAAGCAAUAUACAAAAAACAGAUUAAAAGGGCUUUUGCUUUUUACUUUAUCUGUUUCAAAGAUAUGCAGAAGUAGUGUGUUAGACUUUAGGCAAGAAGAUGUAAGAGAUUAUUUUGUAAGACAACACAAAUUUACAGUCCACACAAUUUUUGAACUACUAAUGCUACUUUAGAAAACAGACACGCUGCAGAGUGUCUGGUAAGAACUUCACCAAAAACUGUUUUCUGUUGUAGUAAUCUUAUAUAGUUAAUAUACAUUUUAUGGACAAAAGUAUUCUGCCUGACCAUUACACCAACAGGGACCCCAUUUAUGAGGUCAGGCACUGAUUUUAGACAAGAAGGCCUGGCUUGAUCUGUGCAGGCCAGUAAAAUGUUUUCCAAACUGAAGUCAUCGAACCAUGUCUUUAUAGUCCAGUGCAUUGGGGCUUAGUCAUACUGGAAAAGAUAAGGGCCUUCCCCAAAUAGUUGCCACAACCUUGGAAGCAUAGCAUUGUCCUUCACUAGAGAUAAGGGGCCUAGACCAAACCCUGAAAAACAGCCCCAUACACUUCUCCCUCCUCCACCAAACUUCACAAUAGGCAAAAUGCAGUGAGGCAGAUAAAGUUCUCCCAGCAUCCACCUAAGCCAGACUGGCACAUCUGACUGCCAGACAGAGGAGCAUAAUCCGUCACUCCACAGAGCACGCUUGCACUGUUCCACAGUGUCGUUGUGCUCUACACCACUCCACCCAACACUUGGAACUGGAUUUGGUGAUGUGAGGCAGCUGCUCAGCCAUGGAAACCCAUUCAUGAAGCUCCUGCUGCUUAUAUGCCAGUGAAAGUUAGGAACUCUUCAGCUAUAGAAUCAGUAGAGCAUUUGCGACUUUAGCACACCAUGCACCUCAGCAGUCAUUGAUUGUACAUGGUCUUCUGCUUCAUGGCUGUUAUUCCUAAAUGCUUCCACUUUUUAAUAUCAUUUACAGAUGACUGUGAAAUAUCCAACAAAGAUGAAAUUUCAUGAACUGUCAUAUUACAAAGGUGGCAUCCAUAACUGUCCUAUGCUUGAGGUCACUGAGCUCUUCAGAACAACCCAUUUUGUCUCACAGGUGUUUGCAAAGAGAGACUGCAUGGUUCGGUGCUUUGAUUUUUUUGUUGCUAUGGCAACAGGUCUGAUUGAAACAUCUAAAUUUCCCAAUUAACAGGUGUGGCUAAAUACUUUUGUCCAUAUAGUGCAUGUACUUUUGACAAGUACCUUAUGUAGAGGUACUGAUAAUUCACCGUGAAUUGUCUGACAAAGUCAUAAGAUUGUUGAGGUUCAUAUUUUCAUUUGGAGUGUUUUUUUUAGUGGUGGCAGCAGAGCAGUGGCACUCAGAAAAAGAGGCCUAGUGGACACAUUGCACCUGUGAUGUAUCUUCAAAGCAAAUGUACCUUCAUUUAUCACUUCCUUCUUAUCAGAACUGCUUAUAAUAACCUGUGUGUGCAUCAGUGGAGCACUCUGUUGUAGGGAAGGGAGAAUUUCUAUAUAAAUGUAUAUGAUAAAUAGGUAAAAUGAGCAGCUUUUCACCUUGUAAAUCCCAGCUUUUGUUGAUAAAUGUAGAGUAUAGAAUUGCUGCGCCACACUGUCUGUGCAAGUUUCUGUAUAGUUUUACUCAUGAGUAAUAAUUUCCAGAGAAGUCCAGAACAGUUCAGAGGUGUAAAGGGAGGGAACGUGCCUGUUAGUCAAGAGAGUACUAAACUUUGUGUGACAACAGGCCUGAUGCUCGUCGACUUCACUCUCAGGAGUUAAGUCAUGUACAUACCGAGGUAUAAAAGAAAUCUCUGAGUGAAUGUGUGGAUGUUUGUGUGAGUGUGUGUGCCUGGCUUUGUUUAUGCCUGCAAGAAAGUGAAAGUGCAAAGGGAAAGAGUGAGAAGGAGUUUGUUCAUGAUUGAGCUGUUAAUGCGUUUCUGUGAUGCCAUCCUUCAAUCGCAAAAGCAUAAACAGAGUUUUUUUAAACCCAAGAACAUGGAAAUGACGGCGUUUGCAACACACCUUUGCCAGUGGAGCGCUCGUUGGUGCCACUGUGAUUCUCCAGAGGAACAGCUCGGCUUUCUAAUGUCGGUCCCAGUCUAGAAGUCACACUGGCACCAGGCUGGCUUGCGUGAUAAACAUAAUUACAACUUCUUGCCCUGUAGCCGGUUCAUGUGUGACACAGGGGAUUAUUAAAGUGUUAAUACAAUGCCACCACACUUUUUGGCAGAAUGAAAAAUCUCUCACUACCUGCUUUGCCUUUCAUGACUCCACGUGUCUGCUCUGACGUAUUUCUGAAACACUUUAAACUGUAGACACACAGCACUGAACGCCACAUAAAAACCAACAUGUUGUCACCUUUUUUACAUGUCAAAUGUAUCCAUUCCUGUAGGUCUUUAUGUGGUUAUAACAGUGAGCAUGCCAUAGUGCCUUAGAGGUAUAAACACAAAAAUGUACACUAAUCUUUACAAGACUGCCUUAAUGUUUUUUCUCUUCUAUUUAAAAUAUAUUUUGUCAUACAUAUCUUUAUUAAUUGAUUGUACUCUAAAGAGCAAAAAUAAUGUUGUUGAAUAAAAUUUUAUGGAUAAACGGGA